UACACCUACCUCACCUGUUCGUCCCUAAAGUGCGCGGUUUCGCUGCAUAAUUUCCAAAACAAAAAAUCACUUGUUUUGUCACUGGAAAAGCCACGGAUGCCUCCACGCGCAGUGAAGCGACCCUCCACGGCCACCACCACUCCUCUCAAGAAGAAGCCAGCAAUCCGCCCAACCGACGCCGUAUCACGCAAACCCUCGGUCCCUCCUACUACAGAGAAAAAGGGAUCAGAAAGAUUGGAGCUUGAAGAUGAUGAACAGCGGUUUGAAGCAGAAGAGAAUGCUGGUGAAAGUUUAGUGAUGGAAGAGAUUGUGGAUGGGAAUGAGGAAGAUGGGGUAGGGGGAAUUGAGGGAGAUGACAUGAUUGAAGAACUUGUUGAAGUUGAGGUGGAGGAAGAAGAGGAAGUGGAGGAAGAGGAAGAGGUGGUUGAGGAGUAUGUUGGAGAUGAGCAUGGAGAAGUACAGGAGUAUGAGGAAGAGCAUCAUGAUGUGGUUAAAGAGAGGAGGAAGCGUAAGGAGUUCGAGGUCUUUGUGGGGGGAUUGGAUCGGGAUGCUACAGAGGAAGAUCUUAGAAAGGUUUUUUGUCAGGUGGGUAUGAUCACUGAAGUGAGACUUUUGAAGAACCCAGUAACUCAAAAGAACAAGGGCUUUGCUUUCUUGCGGUUUGCAACUGUUGAGCAGGCUAGACGUGCUAUUUAUGAGCUGAAGCAUCCAGUGGUUAAUGGGAAGCAAUGUGGGGUAGCUCCAAGUCAAGAUAGUGACACUCUCUUUGUUGGUAAUGUAUGCAAGACCUGGGCAAAGGAGGAUCUGAAAGAAAAGCUCGCACAUUAUGGAGUUUAUAAAUAUGAAGACUUGACACUAGUGGAGGAUAUGAACAAUGAGGGGAUGAAUCGAGGGUUUGCUUUUUUAGAUUUCUCAUGUAGGGCAGAAGCCUUGGAAGCCUGCAAGCGAUUACAAAAGAGGGAUGUUGUGUUUGGUACAGAUCGAACAGCAAGGGUUGCAUUUGCAGAUACAUUCAUUGAACCAGAUGAUGAAAUUAUGGCACAUGUAAGGACAGUAUUCCUUGAUGGUUUGCCUCCUGCUUGGGAUGAGGAUCGCGUCAGGAUUCAUCUUAAAAAGUUUGGGAAGAUUGUGAAGGUGGAACUUGCUCGGAAUAUGCCAGCUGCUAAAAGAACUGAUUUUGGUUUUAUAACAUUUGACUCUCAUACUGAUGCGGUGGCUUGUGUUGAUGGUGUUAAUAAUGCUGAACUUGGUGAAGGAGAUAGGAAGUUAAAGGUACGGGCAAGAUUGUCUAGGCCACGCCAGAGAGGUAAGUCAGCUAGACAGGCUCGAGGAGGCUUUGUUGUUGCACAUGGCAGUGGUCGGGGUGGCAGGGAUCCCUGGGGCUCUAGUAGUUCUCGCAUUGAUCCUAGCAGGUCUAUAGAUCAUGGUGGGAGAAGCAUUCGAAGUCGUGGCCUGAUUGAUGGUGGCCCUAACCGAUCAUAUGGUUCAAGAGACAGAGAUGCAGUACCGUACGGAGUUAGGAGUGGACGACAAUUUUCUUCACCAGAGAAAUCGUAUAGUAGCAGGUCCAGUGGUUAUGGAAAGACCAGCUCAAAGAGGGACUACAUCCUGGAAGAUGAAUUAUUACCCAGGCCAUCUGAUUAUGGGAGAGUUCCUAUCGAUAGACACUCUUAUAGAGAUGCUUACCCUUCACGUGGAUCUGGGUAUUUGGGAAGUCCUCCAAGGAAAGUUUCUCGUGCUGCUGCUCGUAGACCAUCUCCUCCUUAUGAUGAUUAUGACUAUGGCAGAUACGUGGAACGACCCUCAAACUAUCGUGACAGUCAUAUCAGUGAUUACAGUGCUAAUCCCAGCUCAAAGCGACCCCAUUCUACAAUUGAGGAAGUUCACCCUCGAUAUGCUGAAGCUUCAAUCAGGCAAUCACGAGAUUGUUAUGAUUAUGGAGGAAGCAGUUCUGACUUGCCUUACAGUGAUAAGUCUUAUGGAAGUAACUCUACAAGGCUGGGACGUGGGUCUCGUCUUGUGUACGAUGAAGGAAGUCGGAGAUCUGCAGGGCAUUCUCGUGGACUGUAUGACACAAAAACAUCAACUAUUGGGUACAGAAGAGAUUCAGUUCUAACAGACGAGAUUAGUAGAAGAGAUGCAGAAAGGGUGUAUUCCAGAUAUGGAAGGGACUAUAUGUCUAGGGAUUAUGCGCCUUCUCAAUCAGAUCUAGGUGCAGGUCCAUACCCAUCUGAUUACUCCACCCGUCAAUUGGAUGACAACUACAUAAGUGGCAGAAGUUCUGGCUCAUAUUAUUAAGGUGAGUUUAUGUGUGGUUUUCUUUAAGACCUUGUAUGAAUUUUAUUCAGCCAAAAAAAGGACCUUGUAUGGAUGUGUAUCAAAUAGCACAUUUUGCGUCUAUAAACUAGCCUCUCAAGUUGGAGUGCUCCUUUGGGGGUUGAUUUAGUGGUUAUCUUGGAGACUCGCUGCAUCAUUACCAGAAUGAGUUUGGUGUUGAGAGUAAGGCUUCUCAUUACUUGAAGACCUUCAGAGAAAAUGUUUGCCUUGUCCAAUUUAUCAUAUGUAUUCUGAAGUUAAUCUACUAAGAAAUUGGUAUUAAGAGAGGAAGGUUUGAGGAUGAGAUCUGCAGUGGUAAGCUAUUUAGAGGAUAUAUGAAAAUUACAAUGUCUUUGGCCCUUGGUUAACAAAUGAAAAGGGAGAGGAUGAGAGACUAUGGACUUGUUAUGUACAAAAUUGAAGCUCAUGCUGCUGAUUCUUCUGUUUGGCAUUGCCCAAGUAGGUGGGUAAAUUAAAGUGUUAUAAAACAGCAGCACAUGCUGUUAAUAUUGUUUAUGGUCUUGAAUAUUUUGUGGAACUCCAGUUAUAAGCUUCAUGGAAUGCUUUGUGAUGGAUAACAAAUUAUGGUCUUGAGUUAGUAAAACAAUUGAAGUGGGGUGGGAUGAUGAGUAUCUAAAAUGACUGUGGGGGAAGUUAUCCCCUAAGAGUUUUCUAUACAUUUAAUGUACUUCCAUUUACACACACCUGGAUUAAUGAUGGAAUCUCAAAGAAGUUGAUUUACUUUAUAUAUUAGGUGGACUUGCAUUGCACAGGGCUUUCCAUAACUGAAGAGUUAUUUGACCAGUAAAGCUUGUGAAUGAUUGUACUGAGAUCAAAUGGUUAUUGAUUAAAUUUGCUUAAGAAGUUUGCUUCAAAUUACAAAUGGGAGCUGCGGCUUCUGGACUUUGGGUUCUGAUUGUUGUGAAAGACAAUUAUUUUCAGCUAAUUCACUAUAAAGAACACAUGCAUUUUGACAUAAGUUAUCUAGUACUUCGGUAGCUUAUGAACUUUUAAGAAAUUAGUCUUUUGGUGAUUCAAAGGAAUAAAUACUCGGAUAGCUACUGCAUUUUUGUGAUUGCCUAGAAGUGCAGUAAUUUUUGGAGAAACAAAACAUGAUUUAUCCAGGACCAUGGAUCUGACACCAGUAAAAUACUUUCAGAAAAUUUUCUAUGGUUCUGCUCAGCUAGGUUUUGACCGAUUUCAGUGGUAUCAACAUUUGCUUUUAGUAAUCUCCACUCUUCAUGAUAUACUUAUUUUGUGGAGAUCUAGGAUUAUGGGUAUGUUCAUUGGAGCUUGACAAAAAUAAUUAAAGAAACAAACGAUAGAGAGUUAACAUACUGAAGUGUUAUGGUGAGUUGUGAACACCUGAUUGAUCAUGAUGGUAAAUCCCUAAUGUGAUGGUCACAUUGAUAGAGUUGUUCCUUGCAUUAGCGAGUAUAGUUUAUGAGCACUAUGUUGCUCUCAAAUCUGAAGGGCUUAAAAACUCUGGCAGUCAUUUGAAUCUUUGAUGCAUAUGAGUUUGAAAAUAAGGUCACAUUGAUAGGAUGACUUAUUGAUGGCAAGAACCAUAUUAAUCCCUGCUGGGGACAUCAGUUUGAGAAAGUGACUAUUCCGCUCAAUCCCCAUGCUGCAGUUCCCUCCGGUCUGUUCCCGGGUUGGGUUAGGGGAACGUCCGAGCGAUUGUCUUCGUGGAUCCAAACGUGCUCAAUUUCUCUAAGGGGCUGGUUGCUCCUUGUAUGAGAUUCAAAAUACAUGGUAGUGCCAAAAUCAUUGGGAGAUUGAUUUCGGCAGGGAUUAUUUUCUAGGAGAUAAAUCUACAAAUUUUAUAAUUCUUGGUGGCUUCUUAUGGAUAUCGAACAACUGAGUAGCUUUUCCAGGGAGAGUUGUAGCCUGUAAAUUCACAAAUUGCACCUUAAACUUUUCUGUAGCUAUUUUCUAAAUGUCUAUCUGGUUGAUAUUGUGCU